AUGGGAGCAGCGCGGCUCCCUUUCGACUCCUUCCGUUUCCCUUCGGGCUUCACUCGGUUCCGCUCGGCUCCGCUCUGGCUCCGUUCGGCUCACUCGGCUCCCUCCGGCUCCCCACUCGGCUCUUUCCGGCGGCGCUCGGCCGCGGGCCCGGAAGCGCUCCAUGGAGCACCGCCGGCCCGCCGUUGCCCGCCGCCUGCUUCCCGCCUGGCCAUGGGCGCCGCUGCUGACUUCGAGCGGCAGCUGGUGCUGGAGCUGCUGGACGCCGAGCGGCUGGUGGUGUGCGCCCGCGGGCUGGGCGCCGACCGCCUCCUCUACCACUUCCUGCGGCUGCACUGCCACCCGUCGGCCUGUGCGCUGUGCUGGUGCUCAACACGCAGGCCGUGGGAGGAGGAAUAUUUUAUCAACCAACUGAAGCUCGACGGAGUAGACCACCUGCCCCAACGCGUGACCAACGAAAUUGCAAGUAACAGUCGCUAUGAGGUUUACACACAAGGGGGUGUUAUCUUUGCAACAAGUCGGAUCCUUGUGGUCGAUUUCCUGACGGACAGAAUACCUUCCAGUUUAAUUACUGGCAUCUUGGUAUACAGAGCUCACAGAAUAAUCGAGUCCUGUCAAGAAGCCUUCAUCCUGCGCCUCUUCCGCCAGAAGAACAAACACGGUUUUAUCAAAGCCUUCACAGACAAUGCUGUGGCCUUUGACACUGGUUUCUGUCACGUAGAAAGAGUCAUGAGGAACCUCUUCGUCCGGAAGCUCUACUUGUGGCCCAGGUUCCACGUAGCUGUGAACUCGUUUUUAGAGCUGCACAAGCCUGAAGUGGUGGAAAUUCACGUCUCCAUGACCCCUGCCAUGCUCGCAAUCCAGACGGCGAUCCUGGACAUUCUGAACGCGUGUCUGAAGGAGCUGAAGUGCCAUAACCCAUCGCUUGAAGUUGAAGAUUUGUCUCUAGAAAACGCCAUUGGAAAACCUUUUGACAAGACCAUCCGCCAUUAUCUGGAUCCUUUGUGGCAUCAGCUUGGAGCCAAAACUAAAUCCUUGGUUCAGGAUUUGAAGAUAUUGAGGACUUUACUGCUUUAUCUCUCUCAGUACGAUUGUAUCACGUUUCUGAAUCUCCUGGAAUCUCUGAGAGCAACUGAGAAAGCGUUUGGCCAGAAUUCAGGUUGGCUGUUCCUUGACUCUAGCACCUCUAUGUUUGUCAAUGCCCGAGCACGGGUGUACCGUGUUCCAGAUUCCAAAAUGAGUAAAAAGGACAAAAUGCUAGAAAAAGAGGAGCCAAAAGAAAGGCAAGAAAUGAAGAAGGAACUGGUCCUAGAGAGUAACCCCAAGUGGGAAGCUCUGACGGAAGUGUUGAAAGAAAUUGAGGCAGAAAACAAGGAGAGUGAAGUCCUGGGGGGCCCAGGUCGGGUACUCAUCUGUGCCAGUGACGACCGGACGUGUGCCCAGCUGCGGGAGUACCUCACCAAUGGCGCCCAGGCCUUUCUGCUGAGGCUCUACCAGAAAACUUUUGAGAAGGAUGGCCGGGCCGAGGAGGUGUGGGUGAAAGGCAUGAGGGAGGAGGGCACGAGAAGAGGCAUGAAAGCUAGCAAGGGGCCCCGAGACGCAAAGAGCCGAGCCAGGGCUCCUGCCAAAGAGAAGAUAAGCAAGAAGAAGAAGAAGAAGCCGCGGCUGACGCUCACUCAGAUGGUGGCCAAGGCAGAGGAGCCAGAAGUGGAAGGGGAGACCCCAGAGGAACAUCCUGGAGACCCCAGCAGCAGCCCAGAAGACUGCCUCGAGGACAAGGCCCCACCUGAGGACUCCCCUCCCAUCGUGCCCUUGUCAUCUGACGCCGCCUAUGGCCUCCUCAAGGACCCCCUCACCAUCAUCCACCCGCUUCUGGGAUGCAGCGACCCCUAUGCCCUGACCAGGGUCCUACAUGAGCUGGAGCCCAGAUAUGUGGUUCUGUACGAUGCAGAGCUGACCUUUGUGCGACAGCUUGAGAUUUUCAGGGCAAGUAGACCUGGCAAACCUCUGAGGGUUUACUUUCUUAUCUACGGAGGGUCCACCGAGGAGCAGCGCUACCUCACUGCUCUGCGCAAAGAGAAGGAGGCUUUUGAAAAACUCAUCAGGGAGAAGGCGAGCAUGGUCAUCCCCGAGGAACGAGAAGGCCGCGAUGAGACUAACCUGGACCUAGCCAGGGGCUCCACGUCCAGCAGCGUCACCCCUGACACCCGAAAAGCAGGUGGCCAGGACUGCAGCGGCCCACAGCAGAGCAUUGUGGUGGACCUGCGCGAGUUCCGGAGCGAGCUGCCCUCCCUCAUCCAUCGCCGGGGCAUCGAUAUGGAGCCAGUGACCCUGGAGGUGGGCGACUACAUCCUGAGCCCCGACAUGUGCGUGGAGCGCAAGAGCCUCAGCGACCUCAUCGGCUCCCUGAACAACGGGCGCCUCUACGGCCAGUGCGUGGCCAUGACCCGCUACUACCAGCGGCCGCUGCUGCUCAUCGAGUUCGACCCGGGCAAGUCCUUCUCGCUCACACCAAGGGGUGCCCUACAUCCCGAGAUCUCCAGCAGCGAUGUCACAUCCAAACUGGCCCUCCUGACGCUGCACUUUCCCCGCCUGCGCCUGCUCUGGUGCCCAUCCCCUCAUGCCGCUGCUGAGCUCUUCGAGGAGCUGAAGCGCAACAAGCCGCAGCCUGAUGCGACCGCAGCCGUGGCCAUCACCGCUGACUCCGACACCCUCCCCGAGUCGGCCAGGUACAACCCGGGCCCCCAGGACUUCCUGCUCCGCAUGCCAGGGGUCAGCGCCAAGAACUGUCGUGCCCUCAUGAACCAUGUACGGAGCAUCGCAGACCUGGCCACCCUGUCGCAGGCACAGUUGGCAGACGUGCUGGGCAACGCGGCCAGUGCCAGGCAGCUGCAUGACUUCAUCCAUACCCCUUACAGUGCUGCCACACCGGGCCUGGCCAAGGGCAGGGGGAAGAAGUGAGCUGAGCUGGUGGCCGCCAGCUCAAGGCUGGUAUCCAUGGAGUAGCUCCAUGUUCC